AUGGCUGCUAUCUUUGAGACCCUGCCUGUCGAGAAAUUCUGUGGAAUAUCGGAACCCCUAAAGCGGCCAAGGGAAAUCGCUUGUUUUUCUUAUGACGAAUGGCACCGUUUUCGACUUGAUGACUCUGGCCUCCGUUACUACUAUCCUCCAAAAUUACCGGUAGACCUAAAGGCUGGCUUUGACACCUUUAUACAACGUGAUGAAUCGGAAGAUAAGCAUCUCAAUGCGCUCCUUGACACCAUUAUUGCGACCGAAAAGGACAAAGGGAGGAAAUAUGAUAUGGACUUUGUUACAUGGAGAGGAAUGAUGACCAAGGCGAGUCCAUAUUUUAUUCACCAGCGAUUUGAGAUGAAUGCCACAUGUUUUCAAGUAUUUAUUGAAGAGUCUCACUCUUACCACCUUGAGCAACUUAAAGAACAGUCAAAUAGAAGAGUGCGCCCAGGAACUCAUUCAUCUGAUAUGAUGUCAUAUUGGGGUUAUAAGUUCGAGACCGUCUCCAUACUCUCGGAGCCAUGGGACGCGGUAAGUAGAGAGACAAUCGAAGCUAGGGAAAGUGACGUUGUGAAUAAUAAUCCACAAUAUUGCUCGCUUGUCCGCACGGGAAUUGGAAAUAUAAGGAUGCUUCUUGCUGGAGAGGUCGAUGCAGUGUGGGACUGCAAGCCCGACAAGAAAGACGACCCUAUCAAUUGGGUAGAACUCAAGACAUCUGCAACAAUACGACAUGCAAACGACGCUAUUUAUUUUGAGCGCAAGCUUCUCAAAUUCUGGGUCCAAUCAUUUCUUCUCGGAGUUCCAAAAAUAAUUGUCGGCCGGCGUGACCAAGAUGGUUAUCUCCUAACAAUUGAAGAGUAUACUACGGAUGAGAUUCCCAGUAUUCCCAAAAGAGGGGCAAAUACAUGGGAUGCAAACACGUGUAUUAAUUUUGCCUCCCAGUUUCUGACUUGGCUGAAGACAAUCGUGAACUCGGAAGGGGUUUGGAAAAUUCGAAAGGCUGCCAAGUCUGGUCAGAUCGAAGUGCUUAAAACCCAAGAAACUGGCCAUGGAAAUAUCCUAACCCCUGAAUUUGUCGAAUGGAGGUCGCAAGGGUAG